AUGUCACAGCAGAAGCAGUCCCAUCCGGACGCUAAUCUUCAUCCGGAAGCAACCGGUCUCGCGAAGGAGACAGUCGAGGUAGCACACGCAUCAGAGGAACCACUAAAGCUCUACGCAGGCUGGUUCUGCCCCUUCGUCCAGCGCUCAUGGCUCGUCCUCGAGGAAAAGAAGAUCCCCUACCAGUACAUCGAAGUCAAUCCCUACCACAAGCCCGACUCCCUCAUGAGACUCAACCCCCGCGGUCUCGUCCCAACACUCCAGUACGAAGGCAAACCGCUCUACGAAUCGACCGUCCUGUGCGAGUUCCUCGAAGACGCGUAUCCAGAUCACGCGCCGCACCUCCUGCCCAAAGAUCCAUAUGACAGAGCACGGACGCGCAUAUGGACGGACUUUGUCACCAGCCGUGUCAUUCCGAGCUUCCAUCGCUUUCUCCAGUGGCAGCCUAUGGAUGACAACGAAGGGCUCGAGAACGCGCGGCAGGAGUUUUUAGGAUUCUUGAAGGAGUUUACCAGCGAGAUGGACGCGGGGGGGCCGUUCUUUAUGGGUAGUGAGCCGAGUUUGAUUGAUUUUGUGAUUGCGCCGUGGGCGGUACGGCUAUGGGUCUUCGACCAUUACAAAGGCGGCCUAGGUGUCCCUGAAGAGGGCCAAGGCGGUGAGGAUGAAGAGGUUUGGAAAAGAUGGAGAAAAUGGUUGUCGGCGAUACAGAACAGGGAGAGCGUGAAGGCGACGACGAGCGAGACGGAGCACUACCUUCCUAUCUACCAGAGAUAUGCGGACAAUGUCGCUCAGAGCGAGUUGGCGAAAGCGACGCGGUCGGGUCGUGGUGUGCCAUGA